AUGGAACCAGACUUUUUCACUGCUUUUGCACAGCCCAGUGCGCUUCAUCAUUCACCACUUAAGAAUGACGUUGUUCAAGGAGAAAAGAGGAAAUUCAUAAAUCCUACAUCCUACAAUAACCCCAAAUUGGAAGAACUACAAAUGCUCUUGAUAGAUUGGAUUAAUACAACCCUGAAACAGGAGCACAUAGUAGUAAAAAGCCUGGAAGAAGACCUGUUUGAUGGGCUGAUACUUCAUCAUCUCUUGGAAAAACUAGGAUCUCUCAGGCUGGAUGUUGAGAAGAUUGCACUGACGGAAAAAAAACAGAAACAUAAACUUGCCGUUAUUCUGGAAGCUGUGACCCAGUGUUUACAACUAGAAGAGAGCCAGCUGAAAUGGAGUGUUGAUUCCAUCUACCAGAAGGACUUACUGAGCACAUUAUAUCUUCUGAUUGCAAUAGCAAAGCACUUCCAACCUGAUCUGCCUAUCCCUUCAAAUAUUAGUGUGGAAGUAAUAAUCAUUGAGCGUACCUUAACAGGAUUAAGGACAGAAAAUGCAGUGGAAUAUAUCACAGAGAACAGAGAGAAUUUAGAAGGCCAGUCAAAAGCUGACGCCUUUGAUGAAUUAUUCACACAUGCACCGGACAAACUGGAUGCUGUGAAAAAGGUGCUUUUGCAAUUUGUCAACAAGCAUGUUGGAAAAUUAGGAUUAAAUGUGAAUGAUGCUGACUCUCAGUUUGCAGAUGGAGUUAUCUUGCUUUUGUUAAUUGGACAACUUGGGGGGUAUUUCCUGAAUUUAAGGGAGUUCUUCCUGAACCCAAAUUGUGCUACGGAAAUGCUUCACAAUGUUAACCUUGCAGUGGCUUUGCUGACAGAUGGAGGUCUUCUAGAUUUUCCUGUCAAUGCUGAAGAUAUCGUGAACAGAGAUAUGAAGACUACAUUGCAGGUUUUGUACUGCUUGUAUUCCAAAUACAAGACCAAAGAAACAUGAAGAGUGAAACCAAGAACUAGAUUUUCUUGCUAGCGUAUUCUGGGUUUAAUUUUCAGUCCCUAGCUGUAUGUUUGCCACUUUGCACAUGCACACACCCUAUAUGACACUUGUUGCAUUAAUAUGCUUUGAAAAGUGUGUAUGCAUGCAAAGUUUUAUAGUUCUAUAACUUGCGCUAUCUAUAAUAUAAGUGUGUGUGCAUAUUCAGGGAACAGUGGUUUCUGCUGUUCCCUGGCUGUGAAUUUUGCCACAGAAACAGAAUCCACCCCUUGCUUCAUAGAAUCAUAGAAUAUCAGAGCUGGAAGGGACCUCAGGAGGUCAAGGCCCCCAAAAGCUGUAAAGACUAGUCAAUGUGCUUACCCCAGCCCCUGGCUUCAACCCCUUGCCCUUUUAUCAGAGAGGGAGCUGGAAGUCAUUUUUAGAACUUCGCACCUGUACUUGCACUGAGGUGGCUGCAGCACCAUGAUGGAGUUGGAGUCCAUGGAUAGAUUCCAAGGGGGCUUGAAGCCCAUAGUCUAAUAACUUCUGUACUACAUUUUCAGGCAGGAUGAUGAGGAUAAUAAUUUUUAAAAGUGGCUAGUGAUAUGAAACUUGGCAAGACGUGAAAUGUUUGAAAAAAUCUGCUUGCUUGCUUGCCUCUUAAAAUACAUUUACAUUGAAGGGAUUGAGAACCCUAUGCAGGCCUUCCACUGUACAGUAUUGUGGAUUUCCCCUGGUCCUCAGCACCUCCUACAAAACCAUGAAAGAGCCCCCUUAUUUGCCCUUUAAUCUAGCACAAGAUUGUGGCCUACUGCACCCCUCUUCUCCCUGCAACUCUUGUACACCUACACAUGGCCAUCCUGAAUACUAGUCUCUGCACUACC